AACUUCUUCUUUUUCUCUAUCAUGUAUCUCUCUCAAUUGAGUACGAUUUCUGAAGAACAAUCGACCCGACAAGUUAUAUUUGUAUCCGAAAAAUCCACCCGAAUAUGAAGACACGACGAAUUUCGAUAGCCAUUGUUCUCUUCGUAUCACUUUUUGUUCUCAACACACAAUCAAAAACCGUUGAUCCUUAUAAGGUGCUCGGAGUUGAUAAAAGUUCAAGUCAGCGUGAGAUCCAGAAAGCUUUCCACAAGCUCUCACUCCAAUAUCAUCCAGACAAGAACAAAAGUAAGGGUGCACAAGAGAAAUUUGCUGAGAUUAAUAACGCUUAUGAAAUUCUGUCUGAUGAGGAGAAGAGGAAAAACUAUGACCUAUAUGGAGAUGAGAAGGGAGCUCCUCGAUUUGAUGCUGGCGGCGCUGGAGAUCAGGGUGGAUAUACAUACUUCACAAGUGGUGGGCCAGGACAGAGUGGGUUUAACUUUGGGCCAGGUGGUAUGGGUGGACAAGGAGGUGCAAAAUCAUUUUCAUUUUCCUUUGGUGGUCCUGGCAGCCAAAGCUCUUCUGGCUUUGGUUUAGAUGAUAUAUUCUCCAACUUGUUUGGGGGUGGAGUGGGAAGUGGGAGCAAAUUUGGGGGGUUUGGUGGCUUUGGUGGUUCAGGCAGGUCUCAGUCUAGAACCAAGAACUCUGGCAAGAGCAUCCCUUCCAUAAACUCGCAGAUGUAUAAGAAAGAGCUAUCUGAUAAAGGAAUGACUUGGCUAUUAUUAUCUCAUACAUAUACCUCAAGAGGUAUCCAAUAUUAUGAAUCUGUCAUUGGAGAAGUCGCAAGCUCACUGAAUGGGGCAAUGAAGGUGGGGAGAAUAAACUGUGAAACUGAUGCAUCUUUUUGCAAGGGUCUUGGCAUAUAUCCUCGCAAUGUGCCAAGAUUGUUUGUGUAUUCAUUAAAAUCAAGUGGGAAUGGUGCUUUGAUGGAGUACAGUGAUGAUUUAGAUGUGAAAAGGGUGAAAAGUUUUUGCCAUGAGCAUCUUCCGAGAUUCUCAAAGCGGGUAGAUUUGGACCACUUUGAUUUUGUUUCCCAGGCUGUAGGAGGUUUACCUAAAGUGAUGCUUCUCUCUACAAAGAAAGAUACUCCAGUUAUUUGGCGUGCUCUUAGUGGCUUGUAUCGAAAUCGUUUUGUCUUCUAUGAUGCACAGGUUCGUGAUGCUUCUGAUCCUUCUGUCCAAAGGUUGGGAGUUGAUGGUCUUCCUGCCAUUGUUGGCUGGCUAUCCAAUGGGGAGAAACAGAUUUUGAGAACAGGAAUUUCUGUAAAAGAUCUAAAAUCAGCAGUUCAAGAUCUAAGUGGUUUACUGGACAAUUUUGAAAAGAAAAAUAAGAAAGCAGCUUCAGCACAGAGUAAAAGUGAGCAGAGUGAGCCAGAGGCUAAGCAAGUACCAGUACUGACAGGCUCUAAUUUCAAUGACAUUUGCGGGGAGAAAACUCCUGUUUGUGUGAUUGGUGUUUUCAGGUCAUCUAAAGCAAGGGAUAAGCUAGAAAAAGUUCUAUUAUCGGUCUCUCAAAAGUCAUUAUCAAGACGACAGAAUACAGCAUAUGGCUCAAGAGAUUCAGUUUCGUAUGCACUUUUGGAUGCAGCGAGGCAGCAGUCUUUCUUGAAUGCAUUUGACAAAUCAGGAUAUAAAUCAUCAGACAAGGUCCUUCUCGCAUACAAGCUGCGGAAGGGUAAGUUUGCAGUUUUUGAGGGAGAAGUUACUACUGAAGAUGCAGAGAGUUUCAUUAGCUCCGUUCUCAGUGGGGACGUACAAUUUUCCAACACCAGACAAAAACCUAUAGCAAAGUAAAUAAUAGGUAGGUACCAAUUUAGUGGAAAUGAAAAAUACUGCGAUCUGGAAAACAUGUACAGCCAGUGCUUCAAGGUUGCUCCUUUAUUUUUGUUUAUUUAGCCCUUCAUCAUGAACUGGAAGAAGUUGAUUUAGCAGCAAAGUUGAUUAACCGUUGCUGGAGUAAGGUCCUUUUUCUUUUGAUAAAAAAAAUGCACAUAGCUGCAGCAUACAACUGAACUGAAGUUUCUCAAGUUUGUUGCAAGUUCUCAUGUAUAUAAUAAUCUUAUAAUUAGACUAA